GAUGGCUCUUGCUCACCAGAGCCUCACAAAGAUAAUCGCUCAGGAAGUGUUUCAGCCAAUCCCGGGCGGCUUUACACUCCGAUUUGCCGGCGCAGCCAAUCGGGGAUGAGCUUUUAUUAGGCGGCCAGAUCAUCAAGCCGAAGUGCCAAACCCUUUUUCUGUGUGAGAACUAGGAGCCUGUCCUCCAUGUUUUAUAAGUAUUGACAUUACACAGUGUUAACAAUGCAUCCACAGAGUCCUCAUUCUGCCAGCUUGUUCUCUCUUCCUAACUCUGGAAAAAUGAGACGCUUGCUUGAACAUUUGGUGGCUUGGCUGAAGAGGAAAUAAAAACAGAACAAGAGGUGGUAGAGGGCAUGGAUAUCUCUACUCGCUCCAAAGAUCCCAGCUCUACAGAGAGAACAGCCCAGAAAAGAAAGUUCCCCAGCCCUCCACAUUCCUCCAAUGGCCAUUCGCCGCAGGACACGUCAACAAGCCCCAUUAAAAAGAAAAAGAAACCCGGCUUACUGAACAAUAACAAUAAGGAACAGUCAGAACUAAGACAUGGUCCGUUUUACUAUAUGAAGCAGCCACUCACCACAGACCCUGUUGAUGUUGUACCGCAGGAUGGACGGAAUGAUUUCUACUGCUGGGUUUGUCACCGGGAAGGCCAAGUCCUUUGCUGUGAGCUCUGUCCCCGGGUUUAUCACGCUAAGUGUCUGAGACUGACAUCGGAACCAGAGGGGGACUGGUUUUGUCCUGAAUGUGAGAAGAUCACCGUGGCGGAAUGCAUCGAGACUCAGAGCAAAGCCAUGACAAUGCUCACCAUCGAGCAGUUGUCUUACCUGCUCAAGUUUGCCAUUCAGAAAAUGAAACAGCCCGGGACAGAUGCUUUCCAGAAGCCCGUUCCAUUGGAACAGCAUCCUGACUAUGCAGAAUACAUCUUUCAUCCCAUGGACCUUUGUACACUGGAAAAGAAUGCUAAAAAAAAGAUGUAUGGCUGCACAGAAGCCUUUCUGGCGGACGCCAAGUGGAUUCUGCACAACUGCAUCAUCUAUAACGGCGGAAAUCACAAAUUGACGCAGAUCGCGAAAGUAGUGAUCAAAAUAUGUGAACACGAGAUGAAUGAAAUUGAAGUGUGUCCGGAAUGCUAUCUAGCCGCUUGUCAAAAACGAGAUAACUGGUUUUGUGAGCCUUGUAGCAAUCCGCAUCCUUUGGUCUGGGCAAAACUGAAGGGCUUUCCAUUCUGGCCUGCAAAAGCUCUGAGGGAUAAAGAUGGGCAGGUCGAUGCCCGUUUCUUUGGACAACACGACAGGGCCUGGGUUCCAAUAAAUAAUUGCUACCUCAUGUCUAAAGAAAUUCCUUUUUCUGUGAAAAAGACUAAAAGCAUCUUCAACAGUGCAAUGCAAGAGAUGGAGGUUUACGUGGAGAACAUUCGGAGGAAGUUUGGCGUGUUUAAUUACUCCCCAUUCCGGACGCCCUACACACCCAACAGUCAGUACCAAAUGCUGCUCGAUCCCGCCAACCCCAGCGCUGGCACCGCCAAGGUCGACAAGCAGGAGAAGGUCAAGCUCAACUUCGACAUGACGGCGUCUCCCAAGAUCCUGAUGAGCAAGUCCUUGCUGAGCACGGGCACAGGCCGGAGGAUUUCCUUGUCGGACAUGCCUCGCUCCCCCAUGAGCACCAACUCCUCCGUGCACACGGGCUCAGACGUGGAGCAGGACGCCGAGAAGAAGGCGACUUCGAGCCAUUUCAGUGCCAGCGAGGAGUCUGUGGACUUCCUUGAUAAGAGCACAGCUUCCCCAGCCUCCACCAAGACAGGCCAGCCAGGGAGUUUAUCUGGCAGCCCGAAACCAUUCUCCCCACAGCCAUCAGCACCGGUCACAAAAGCCGACAAGACGUCCACCACCACCACCACCGGCAGCAUACUGAAUCUUAACCUUGACCGCAGCAAAGCUGAGAUGGAUUUGAAGGAGCUGAGCGAGUGUGUCCAGCAGCAGCAGGCCACUCCCGUCCCACUCAUCUCCCCCAAGCGGCAGAUUCGCAGCAGAUUCCAGCUCAACCUCGACAAGACCAUAGAGAGUUGCAAAGCACAGUUAGGCAUCAAUGAAAUCUCAGAAGACGUUUACACGGCCGUGGAGCACAGCGACUCGGAGGAUUCGGAGAAGUCAGACAGCAGCGACAGUGAGUCGGUCACCGACGACGAGCAGAAGUCCAAGAAUGAGCCGGAAGACGUGGAAGAGAAAGAAGGCAGUCGGGGGGACAAAGAACCCCCCGCUGUCAAAAAGAAGCCCAAACCCUCGAACCCCGUGGAGGUUAAAGAGGAGCUGAAGAGCGCCUCGCCGACCAGUGAGAAGGCCGAGCCGCUGACGGUCAAGGAGAAGCUGAGCCCCGAGCCGGAGAAGGAGUUUCCAGAAAAAGUGAAACCAUCUCCUCACCCUGCCAAGGACAAACUGAAAGGCAAAGAUGAGACGGAUUCCCCAACGGUGCACUUGGGCCUGGACUCCGAUUCAGAGAGUGAGCUUGUCAUAGAUUUAGGAGAAGACCAUUCUGGACGGGAGGGUCGAAAAAAUAAGAAGGAACCCAAAGAGCCAUCUCCCAAGCAGGAUGUUGUAGGUAAAGCGCCACCGUCCACCACAGCGGCGGGCAGCCAGUCUCCCCCCGACACGCCGGUCCUCACCCGCUCAUCCUCCCAAACCCCCACGGCUGGCGUCACGGCCACCACCAGCACGACAUCCACGGUCACAGCCCCAGCCGCCGCCGCCACGGGAAGCCCGGUGAAAAAGCAGAGGCCGCUCUUACCGAAGGAGACUGCCCCAGCCGUGCAGCGGGUCGUGUGGAACUCCUCAAGUAAGUUUCAAACGUCCUCUCAAAAGUGGCACAUGCAGAAGAUGCAGCGCCAGCAGCAGCAGCAGCAGCAGCAAAGCCAGCAGCAGCAGCCUCAGUCUUCCCAGGGGACGAGAUAUCAGACCAGACAGGCUGUGAAAGCUGUCCAGCAGAAGGAGAUCACACAAAGUCCAUCCACCUCCACCAUCACCCUGGUGACCAGCACCCAGUCGUCGCCCCUGGUCACCAGCUCAGGGUCCACGAGCACGCUUGCAUCGUCGGUCAGUGCUGACCUGCCCAUCGCCACUGCUUCCGCCGAUGUUGCUGCAGAUAUCGCCAAGUACACUAGCAAAAUGAUGGAUGCAAUAAAAGGAACGAUGACAGAAAUAUAUAACGAUCUUUCAAAAAACACUACUGGAAGCACAAUAGCGGAGAUCCGAAGGCUGAGGAUCGAGAUAGAGAAACUCCAGUGGCUGCACCAGCAAGAACUUUCCGAGAUGAAACACAACCUGGAGCUGACCAUGGCGGAGAUGCGGCAGAGCCUGGAGCAGGAGCGGGACAGGCUCAUCGCUGAGGUGAAGAAGCAGCUGGAGCUGGAGAAGCAGCAGGCCGUGGACGAGACCAAGAAGAAGCAGUGGUGCGCCAACUGCAAGAAGGAAGCCAUCUUCUACUGCUGCUGGAACACCAGCUACUGCGACUACCCCUGCCAGCAGGCGCACUGGCCCGAGCACAUGAAGUCCUGCACGCAGUCAGCAACGGCCCCUCAGCAGGAAGCAGAUGCGGAGGUGAACUCGGAAACACUAAACAAGUCUUCCCAGGGCAGCUCUUCCAGCACGCAGUCAGCCCCCACGGAGACGGCCGGCGCCUCGAAAGAGAAGGAGCCCCCAGCAGAGAAGAGCAAGGAUGCUGGCUCCACCCUCGACCUGACUGGCUCCAGAGAGACUCCCUCCUCCAUUCUGUUAGGCUCCAACCAAGGAUCUGUUAGCGACAGGUGUGACAAGCAGCCCGCCUGUGCCCCAACCACCACAGACCACCAGCCGCACCCCAACUACCCAGCCCAGAAGUACCACUCGCGGAGUAGUAAGUCGGGCUGCUGGAGCAGCAGCGAGGAGAAGCGGGGGUCAGCGCGCUCCGAGCACAGCGCCAGCACCAGCACCAAGAGUCUCCUCCCCAAAGAGUCUCGGCUGGACACCUUCUGGGACUAGGGGCGAAUCGUGUCACACCACCCACACCCGCUCAGAUUAAACCAACCAGAGCCCAG